AAUGCCUAUAUAAACCCUAACUACCCACUUUCCGGUCUCUUAGGUACGGAGAAAGUAUGUCGGAAAGAGAUCAAGAAGAGUAAAAUCGCUUUAAGAGCAACAUCGAUCCUUAGCCGGAGAAAGUUUAAUGGCGAAAUCAGAGAAUUCAAAGCUGGAUACAUCAUCAACGCGUCCUCCUUUAAUCAAAUCGCAGACAAAAAAUGCUCCUUUGAACGACCAAGAUAUCGACUCGAAAUCGUAUUCUCUCGUGAAAUUUAAGCUCUACGAGACCCGAGCUAGGUUUUAUCUAAUUGGAAGUGAUCGCAACAAGCGAUUCUUUCGGGUGUUGAAGAUAGACCGGUCAGAGCCAUCGGAUCUCAACAUUAGCGAGGAUCCUGUUGUGUACUCACAACUAGAAGUUAAGAACUUGCUUCAGCGCAUUAGCGAAGGGAACCGUUCCACCGGAGGCCUAACCUUCGUUGCUAAGGUUUACGGAAUUGCAGGUUGUAUUAAGUUUCUGGAGUCUUACUAUCUGAUUCUUGUUACCAAGCGUCGGCAAAUUGGCUGUAUGUGUGGUCACGCAAUUUAUAGCAUUGACGAGAGUCAAUUAAUCUCUGUCCCGCAUGCAUCAAUUCAGUCUGAUGUGGCACAUUCAAAAACUGAGCUAAGGUACAAGAAGCUCUUAUCCAGUGUUGAUCUCACUAAAGAUUUUUUCUAUAGUUAUACAUAUCCUAUAAUGCAAAGUCUACAGAAAAAUGUCUUAGCAAUGGGCGAGGAAAGUAUGCCAUAUGAAAACAUAUUUGUAUGGAAUGCAUAUCUAACGCUGGCAAUUCGAUCGAGAUGUAAUAACACUCUUUGGACAAUAGCAUUAGUUCAUGGACAUUUUAAGCAGGUGAGGUUGUCAAUUUUUGGACGGGAAUUCAGUGUUGCUCUUGUUUCUAGGCGUUCUCGUCAUUUUGCAGGCACACGCUACUUGAAAAGGGGAGUAAAUGACCGGGGCAGAGUUGCAAAUGAUGUUGAAACUGAGCAGAUAGUCCUUGAUGAAGAGACUGGAUCAUGCAAGGGGAAAAUGAGUUGUGUAGUGCAGAUGCGAGGCUCAAUACCCCUGUUCUGGUCUCAAGAGGCUUCUAGAUUCAGUCCAAAACCUGAUAUAAUCUUGCAAAGAUAUGAUCCUACCUAUGAAGCGACCAAGUUGCAUUUUGAGGACCUUGCUAAGAGAUAUGGAAAUCCAAUAAUUGUCCUGAAUCUGAUUAAGACUGUUGAGAAACGGCCUCGAGAAAUGAUGCUUCGGCGUGAGUUUGCUAAUGCGGUUGGCUAUCUAAACCAGAUUCUCUUGGAAGAGAAUCAUCUGAAAUUUAUACACUGGGACUUUCACAAGUUUGCAAAGAGCAAGUCAGCCAAUGUUUUGGCAGUUUUAGGUGCUGUUGCAAGUGAAGCACUUGAUUUGACUGGUUUCUAUUACAGUGGAAAGCCUGUGAAUGUAAAAAGGAGAUCAACCCAGCUCAGUAGGACAAGCACGGCAAGGGACACUUCUCUUGGAGAACUCAGAGCUAAUUCAGCUGAUCUUGGGAGGAUGGGAAGUAGUAAUAGUGAAAGUUUGAACUCUUUCAUUAAUAGAGACAGAGACUCUGAAUUUAGUCAACAGUCCAGGAAAAACGAACACACUGGCACAACUCCACGUUUUCAAAGUGGAGUUCUGCGCACAAACUGCAUUGAUUGCUUGGACCGUACAAAUGUUGCCCAGUAUGCUUAUGGCUUGGCAGCUUUAGGCCGUCAACUGCAUGCCAUGGGUUUGACUGAUAUGCCCAAAGUAGAUCCUGACAGUAGCAUUGCUGCAGCUCUCAUGGAUAUGUAUCAGAGUAUGGGUGAUGCUCUUGCACAGCAGUAUGGUGGUUCUGCAGCUCACAACACUGUUUUCCCUGAGAGGCAAGGAAGGUGGAAAGCAACCACCCAAUCUAGGGAAUUUCUGAAGUCUAUCAAGCGAUACUACAGUAAUGCUUACACAGACGGUGAAAAACAGGAUGCAAUAAAUUUAUUUUUGGGUUAUUUUCAACCCCAGGAAGGAAAACCUGCGCUCUGGGAAUUGGAUUCUGAUUAUUACCUUCAUGUUUCUGGAGUUGGAGAUGAGCCUGUUACUGGACAAAGUUCACCUGUUGAUGCUAAAUCUUUGGUUGGAAUGGGAAAAUCUCUUGCACCAAUUUUUUCUUGCAGAGAGGACUUCUUUCGAAUGAAAUUGACAUCUUUCGAUAAAAUAAUAGAGAGAACAUGCAGUUCAAUAAAGAAUGUAAGGCUUUGCAGUGAAUCAGAUCAGAAAGCAGGUGGUGGUACAGGAAGUUCUGGAAUGGCACCUGAUGCAGCUGAAAUACAACUCAAAAGCCCUAAUUGGCUCUUUGGGCAGAGAAAGUUUGAAGAAAGUGGUUCUGGCCCAAAGGUUGCAGGACACGAAAUUUCAGGUGGAGUGUCUGAUGAUGAGAUGAGCACCACUGGUUUAUGUGACCUCAAUUGGAUUUCUUUGAUUGGUGAGAUCUCUGAGGAGGAUAUCUUUAAGAGUUACCUUAAUGAAGCGUCUGGUGGAACACUGCUUUGUGAUCAAGAUGAAAGUAGUGAUAUAUACAAGCACUACUCUGAGUUGUGUCAGGGCCCAGCACUGGAACCCUUUGAACAUGAUCCUGAGAAAGAGAGACACUACUCAGAUCUUCUUCGCAUGGGCAGUGUAGAUAGUGCAGAUGAUGCAGCAGUUGAAGCAGAGAUGGAAGCCGCUCUUAAUGAUUAUGACCAGAUUGGCGCUGACCUUGGGAUUGUGCCAAGCACUUGUAAAUACCUGGCUGAAGAUUCAAGCAGGCUGACUAGGUGGAUUAUUGGAGAAGAGAGGGUGUGGCAGAGGAAUUGAUCUUUAGACAGAAUCUUUAGGAGAGAAGGUGCAAUGUUUAUACGCAAACUUACUCUCCAUCAUUUAACUGUUAAAAUGAAAAUUUCUUUGUACAUACAUAGCAGUUCUAUACCUGUAUAGUAUUUUGUUCCAAAGUAGCCACAUUUGAUUAAUCUUGUAGGAUUUGUUAGUGGUAAAUAUAUGGUUGAGGGGUGCCCUUCUGUUUUU